CUUCCCACCAGGAGGUGAUGCGGCUGGUGGAGCUGGACGCGCUGAGGGGCGCACUGGUGGGGCUGGCGGGGGUGAGCGGGCUGUCCACGGAGCAGAGGAAGCGCCUCACCAUCGCCGUGGAGCUGGUGGCCAACCCCUCCAUCAUCUUCAUGGACGAACCCACCUUAGGUCUGGACACGAGGGCAGCAACGAUUGUGAUGCGCACGGUGCGCAGCACGGUGGAUACGGGCAGAACUUUGGUGUGCACCAUCCACCAGCCGUCCACCGAUAUCUUUGAGGCCUUUGAUGAGGUGAUCAAGUAGGAGCUGUUUCUGCUCAGGUG